AUGUUGUUUCCUCUAAUCCUGGCGUCGCUGGCCUUCAGUGCCAUUGCAUUUGCUCAGACUCCUAAUGGUGUCGAACCAUCUGUCCAGACGCCGCUCACAGUGCUCUAUCCCAGGAACAUCACUGUCUCUCCACCAGGCGUUCUGCUGCAGAGAGCUGAUACCCAAGUCGCACCGACUCUUACCGCACCAACAGGAACUCCUACUGACCGGACAUACCUGGUUAUCAUGAUGGAUCUAGAUGUGCCACGUAAUGGAGGCACUACUCUGCUUCACUGGCUGCAAACCGACUUCACGCUCUCCUUGUCCCCGCCUCCUGGCACCCCUCAUCGCUACGUCUUCUGGAUGUUCGCCCAGCCAGACGAAUUUGCCGUUCCCGAGUCAUUCAGCAAUGUCAACCCACCAGCAUCCAACACUGACCGUAUCGGCUUCAACCUCACCGACUUUGUCGCUGCUGCCGGGCUGGACGCGCCACUUGCAGGCAAUUACUUCACAGUCGUCAACAGCUCUGCCACUGCGUCAAGUACCGGCAGUGCCUCCGCCACCUCGUCGCCCGCGCAGUACACGGGUAGUGCCUCGACAUCGAUGUCCGCUUUGGGCAUGAGUUUCGGCUUUAUGGUUCUGUUCGCUGCUGCGGCUGCCGGCUUUGCUUGA